AUGGCCAGAAAGUUCUUCGUCGGAGGCAACUGGAAAUGCAACGGAACUGCUGAGGAGGUGAAGAAGAUUGUCAACACUCUUAACGAAGCUCAAGUUCCUUCCCAGGAUGUUGUUGAGGUUGUGGUUAGCCCUCCAUAUGUUUUUCUUCCUCUGGUUAAGAGCACAUUGAGGUCUGACUUCCAUGUUGCGGCACAAAACUGCUGGGUUAAGAAAGGAGGUGCCUUCACUGGUGAAGUCAGUGCCGAGAUGCUUGUUAACUUGGACAUCCCAUGGGUUAUCCUUGGUCACUCUGAGAGGAGGGCACUGCUCAAUGAAUCAAACGAGUUUGUCGGAGACAAGGUUGCCUAUGCACUUGCUCAAGGUUUGAGCGUGAUUGCUUGUGUUGGUGAGACUCUUGAGCAGCGGGAGGCUGGGUCCACCAUGGAUGUUGUGGCUGCCCAGACUAAAGCUAUUGCUGAUCGAGUGUCGAACUGGUCAAAAGUUGUUAUAGCCUAUGAACCAGUGUGGGCCAUUGGAACCGGAAAGGUCGCUAGCCCAGCCCAAGCUCAGGAAGUACAUGAUGAGCUCAGGAAAUGGCUUGCAAAGAAUGUGAGUGCUGAUGUCGCUGCUACAACCCGCAUCAUCUACGGAGGUAGAUCCGUCAAUGGUGGUAACUGCAAGGAGCUAGGUGGUCAGGCAGAUGUUGAUGGUUUCUUGGUCGGUGGUGCUUCUCUAAAGCCUGAGUUUAUCGAUAUCAUCAAGGCUGCUGAGGUGAAGAAGAGCGCCUAA